UGUCUUGGCAGUCAGCAUUCAGGACGAUUCGACAAUUCAUAAACAAGCUUGACCCGCCGCUGAACGUUCAGUAACAUUGCGUGCAUUGCAUAGGUAGUUAGGGGUCAAAGACUGGCAAUAUUCUUCUCGCUUAAGGAGUGCAUUCAGUACCUCCCCUCCAACACUAUCGACUCAAUCUCAACAACUUCAGAUUCUCAUGAAUCCAGAGUUCUCCACCCCAUUCGUUAGGGUGGCUGUUCUUCUCAAGUUCCGCAAGAUCACGCUGUCGGUCUCCGGAGGGGGCGCAAAACCGCCUUAAUGGGGUUGGUACACCACGGCCUAGACCUGUUCAACUACGAUCAGGAAACCUGCUCUAACCAAGUUUUAAUCACUGCAAAAGAUACUCCGUCUAACAUUGAAUAUGACGAGUAUGUUGUAUACAAGCGGUCGGAGCAACCUGGAGCACCAUCCACCAAGCGGGAUCCCUGGGUGGACGAUGAGGACCACAUCACCCACCACUUUACUCGCGACGAUGCUUCGGGAACGGCUCUUUUUGACCUAGCCUUUCGGCGUGGCCAUAUGCUUGAUCGUGAAGUCGGUACAUUCCGUUGAACAGAGAGCAGUGAACUAAUAGUUUGAAGGGUAGUUUUCGAAAACCAAACGAUGAUGAAGCACCAUCAGCCGGAAUGGAAGGCCGAAUACGCCGGGUAAUCUGUUUUAAGCGCAAAACUAUUUACGACGGUGGUCGAGACAUUCUUAGCAUGACGGUUGAUGACCUGGCUGCCAUGAACCUUCACCCUGCCACGCUGCAGUACUCAACUCGAACUACCACAGAAUCUAGAUUUUGGUCAAAGGACAAAUCCCAGCUUAGUAUUAUUCUCGCAUUCUCAGAGAUGCCAAAGACGCCUUGUGACUUUCUGUCCAUGACAUACGAUGUCCACGAACGCUCCGCGACCAUCCUUGUCCGACAGUCAUGGGAGCCAAGACGACACAACCUCGAUGACCUCGACGAAUACGAUCAUCGUCUGGAGUCAUGCAGAAAUCAUUGGGCGCACCCUCUCAUCAUGCCUGUCGUGCUUCUCCAAGUGCAAUUUAUGCGAUGUGAAGAGGCUGUUAUCGAGAACAACUCCAACGUGGCUCAUUUGGAAUACGAUGUCAGCAACAUUGCCGGCUUUGAUGCUACAGAAACUGGGAGGCGUCUCAGUCGCACAUUCAGCAAUGGCAAGGAUGGCGAGAGAAUUGCGUGGGGCCCAAGCACCAUGACCAAACUCAUGAAAAGGGCACACGAAGUUCUCAAGGACACCAUCAAACUUCUGGAUACUAUUCGUUGGAUGGAGAGAGCUAUAAAAGUGUUGAUCUUGGCAGGAGACGAGUUGAAUGAACGAAUGGGAAACUACUCUAACUUCGGCAACGAUCUCAGUAUGUUGAGUCCCACGGUAAUCGACCCUCUGGGUGGACCUCCCGCAGUGAGUCCAGUUCUGCCUCCCAGAGAUCUCCCUAGGCUUCGAUUUCCCGAUGGAGUGACGGAUGGAGAUUCAUUGGGACCCCAUUGGCAUGAGAUCAGACAGUAUCUCGACGGUUUACUGCGUCUUUGCAUGGGUCUUGAGACGGAUAGGCGCAUGUCGGAGGCCAGAUGCCGUGCUCAGAUCGAUAUGAUUUACAGUAAGAUGGCCCAAGAAGACAAUAUCCUGAACGCCCGAAUGGCUGUAGCAUCAUCACGUGACAGUUCCUCGAUGAAAGCUCUCGCCGUGAUAACCGCCAUCUUUCUACCCGGCGAAUUUCUUGGAACUCUGUUCGGCAUGUCCAUGUUUGACUGGCUUGGCCCAGAUGAAGAAGACGACGAUUCCUCGAGACCUAUGACAGAUCAAGUCAAGGUGAACCGCUUCGGAAAACACUUUUGGAACUAUUGGGCGGCCGCGAUCCCACUCACUCUUCUGAUUUUGUUCGUCUGGCGAGCUUGGUGGGUUACCCAAGAUCGAUAUUUCAGACGUCAUCUUUCGCAAGAACUUAGCGAGGAGCGUUUCUGGACCGCUGAUGGAAAGCCGCGCAAGCUAGAACGAAGUUUCAUUUGGGAUUUCUUCUACCUUUCAGCGAGGCGUGAUGAGAAACCACGGCCAGCAGAUGACUUGGCUGAACUGGAGACCAUCCAUUCUGGGGGGAAGGAAUGGAAUGAUGGGGGUUUGACUGGGGCUACUAAUAUGAGGCAGAGACAGGUUUUGGAAACGAGGAAAUGGAGUCUUCAUCAGGGAGGGACGAAUGUCACAGUUUAGAUACAGAUAUAGAGGGAAUCACUUUCAAGCCCUCUAUGAUUGCGGUUGUUACUGUUGAGUAUGUUUAAUCUCAAGAGAUGUUGUAUAUGUUUUAGGUAUUUUUUAUAUAGUAUUUGAUAAUUAGGCAAAGAAUAUCACAAUUAUUGUUUUCGAAAGACAACUUACAGUA